GGAUUGCCUGGACAACCAGGAUUUCAAGGCCAACCAGGUUCACCUGGUUCACCCGGAUCUGCGGGAGAUAUCGGAUCACCAGGUCUUCCUGGAACACAAGGGUCUCCUGGCCCUGUAGGAGCUCCAGGAUUACAAGUAAACGGCGCAACCGGUGCCACUGGACCUGUAGGUCCACCUGGACCAAUUGGUCAGCCCGGACCUCAAGGAGCUACCGGAUUUCCGGGCUCAUUAGGUCAACCAGGUUCUCCAGGUUUAGUUGGAAACACAGGUCAGCCAGGCUUUGUUGGAUUAAAUGGUUUGCCUGGACCUUCAGGUUUACCAGGAACUCAAGGGCAGCCAGGAUCUCCAGGUUAUUAG